AAUAAGGAACUAUUUUCAAAAUCAGGCUUACAGCUGUCAGCAGCUGCGGAUAUGCCUGGAUUCAGGGGCCUCGGCGGUGCCUUUCUGCGGCGGAGGAAGAGAAAUGGCAGCAGUCGACGCUGGACCAUAAAGAGCAAGAAGCCACUUGGGACUCCUGCCAUACCAACGGCCCCUGUUCCAGACAACAAAACAAAGGUGGACACUAUGGAGGAGACAAGUGUUCAAACCACUAAACAGCUGUCUUCAACACUAAGUAUUGGAGCUCUGUUUUCUGCAUUUGGAAGUGUUGUGCAAAAAUGCGGAAAGACAAUUAAUCAAACUUGUUUUGGACUCCUGAAUGUCUUCUUUUUCUGGAGAGGCUAUUCCGAAAGAGUGGAGUCCCUUCACCUAAAAGUAGAGGAGCUGCAAAGGGAAAUAGCACUAUUGCAUUCCACUUUGAAGCUGUAUCGAGAAGCCAAGACUGCAGGCGGUCAAUGUGAAAUGCCUGAUGGUGUUCAGCACUCAACACCUCCGCCUGUCUCCCUUCCACCUCCACCACCACCACCUCCUCUUCCUCCUCCUCCUCAAAUUCUGUUGACACUUGCUGCUCCGAAAGUGGCCUCAAUUCCCCUAAAAACUGCUCAAACUACCUCUGUGAAGGAGAAACAAAAUGGCCCUGUUGCUUUGACUCUUCGAGAUCUUCAAGCAGUACGACUAAGAAAAGUGACUGAAGGCCAAAAAACUCAGGUGUCUCCAAAGAGAAGAAGAUCACCACUGGUCACACUCGCAGACUUGCAGAAAGUCAGUUUGCGACGCUCUAAUUCUGACCUCCCCUUAAAGUCUAGAUCAAGCCUUGGCAGGACUGUCUGUAGGACACCAACCAAAAAUCCCAUGAAUCUUCGGGUACAGCUUCGAAAAGUCAACUUAAUGAGGAGUCCUGGUGGCACACCGCUGUUUAACAAAGAGAAUGCUGUGAUAGAUUCAAGCAUGACCAGAGAGGGUUAGGAAACACGUACCUGAGUGCUUUAACAAAAGAACUAUCACCACUCAAGACUGUCUAAACAAAGAUAAUUACUGUUUGAUAUUGCACAUUGUGUUUUGCAUGGCUAGUCUUGUGUGUGUGUUUUGUUUUGGCCUUAUUUUUAUAUGUAUACUGUGACUGUGCUAAUAGCUUUGGUUCUCAUACUGUCAUGUUACUAUAGUAACUAUUUUAGUGACAGGACUGUAUUUCAUGUUACUUGCUGCUAUGUUAUUUUAUAUGCACCUGUACUUGUUGCAUGUGAAGUGUGCUUCUCGCUCCUUUUAUAUCAGAACCUGCUUUUUAAGACAUGCUAAUAACAAAUGCAGACUGUAUGAAAAUUAAAUGCACAUCAGCAUGUGGUUAAUAUGGUUAAUUGUAUAAUUAGUAGAACUAAAUAACUGAACAUGCAGUUCAGUGUCACUGUUACUGAAUAUGACUGUGGAAUGUGCAAACUAACUCAGCUGUAAAAUAUAGUACUUGAUACUUUGUUGAAGUCUGUACAGGGGUGAGACAAGUCAGUUAUUGGUCAAUUCAAUAAUCCAUUGAUAGCUUAGGUGUGUGGUAAAACGUGAAGCACAGAUAAUAAAUAGUCCUGUUAUUGUGAGACUCAGGAUGUUUUAUUUUCAUGUUUUACUGUAUGUUUACUGGUGGGCUUGAGGUGUAACACCCAAUUAAAUGUUACCGUGUCUUAAUGUUUUAUUUUAAGGGUCUUUUGCAAUAUUUGGCUAAAACCACUUUUAUUUGUA